CUGAAUGGAGAUACAGAAGAAAAUUAAGUCAGACUCAUAAGGAGGGAUCUUGGCUCCUGCAGCAAUCCCCCCUGCAGGGGUGAGCUCUUUUGGCUGGCUCGGCACUUCCUUAGCAGAGGGGCUGCUGGCAGGAGCAACAUCUGAACAGGUCAUGAAGCCUCAAGAGGCAGAGCUCGUCACUGAAAUCUCAAAGUUACAAUGCAUGGUCACAGAGCUGAAAACGGGCUUUACCAGCGCCUUGCUGGAGCUCAGUCAGAUCCAGCACGGAGACUCGCACCUGAGGGAGGAACUGGAGGAGAACAGGAGGAGCUGUCAGAAGAAAGCUUUCCGCUUGGAGACUCUGGUGGAGGCGCUGAGGGAAGAACUCGGAGUGCUGAGGUGUCAAAUCGUGCAGCUGUACAGCAAGAGACGCGGGCCUGAGCCGGAUGGAAAGAGCUCCACGUCCAAACCGAGAGAAAGCCUUCCAGCAGAGCCGGUCGGUGACCAGAGUGUGUGCGAGUGUCCGGGCCCUCCACCAGCCAGCCUCUCCAGAGGGAAACUGCUCCUUCACUGCUUCCUUCAGGGUCUGAAAGCUGGGCUGAGUGAAGGAACAGAUGCCCGACAUCAGGUGGCCAUGCAGCUCCUGCACUCUGAGUGGGAAUAUGUGUCCACCCUGAAGCAGCUGUGCGACAAGUACAAAACACCCCCGGCUCACCAGAUGACCGCGGAGCCAUAUCAGACGUACGUGGGCUUCGUGGAGGAGCUCCUGCAGCGACACGUGCUCUUCAGGAACACCCUGCAGGAGAGGCUAUCUGCUGAGCACUGGAAAUCUCUGGUCGGAGACAUCCUGGUGCAGCUCAUCGGCCAAAACGACACAGCUUUUUCAGAUAUGUACCUCGGAUACACCACCACCCUGGCAUCCUUCCUCUCGCUCGAGUUCAACAGGCCGGACGAGCAAGGCAGGAGUCACCGAGCGCAGAGGGCCCAGACGGAGAGAGAGGAAAUAAAACUGCUCUCUUUGCUGCUGGCUCCCGUCGCCCGCAUCCACAGCUACCUGAGUCACAUCCAGAACCUGUUGCAGUGGACCGGUAAGGAUCACCCUGACUGCAGCCUCCUGCUGGGGUCCGAGCGAGCUCUGCGCAGCGUUUUGUCCCGUUGCCAUGUGAUCUUGGAGGAGGAUGUUCGAUGGGAGGAAGACGAAGGAGCGGGACAGAGGUCAGAAAGCAUAACCGAAGAGGGGCUUGCACAUUAAGAAUUUUUUUUUUUUUUUUUUUUUUAUGUUGUUGCUCUGUUGAAAAGCUGACGUACAUCAUGGCAUGGAUUUCAUUUUGGGUUGUUUCGAAGGAGGAAUG